UUCCAGUUCACUGAGCAUGUUCAUUUUUGUGGUCCCUGGAGAACUACAAUGGGAUUUCUUCCAUGCAUAGACUUCUGGGAAGAGAUCCAUAUGUAAAUCCCUGUGCUGGGUACUUUUAGCAGCCAUGACCACUUCCCAUGUAAACGGUCACGGAACAGAAGACUCUGAUAACGAGAAGCAGGGCGACGAGCCGCAGAAGCACAGAGAAAUGGCUGUUGACUGUCCGGGGGACUUGGGUACAAGGGCCAUGCCCAUACGGCGAAGCGCUCAGCUGGAGCGGAUUCGGCAGCAGCAGGAAGACAUGCGGCGUAGACGCGAGGAAGAAGGAAAGAAACAGGAACUUGAUGUUAAUUCCUCCAUGAGACUCAAAAAAUUGGCACAAACUUUCCCUAAAACUGGAAUAGAUAACCCUAUUUUUGAUACUGAGGAGGGGCUUAUUCUGGAAAGUCCCAGUCGUGCUGUAAAAGUAUUAGAAGUGGAAGACUUGCUGUGCUCGCUGAAAGAGAUCCAGCACACAUUGGUAGACUCUCAGAGCCAGGACGACCUGUACUUGCUUCUACAGCUGGUGCAAAAUGUUGACUUUCAGAAUGCGUUCAGAAUCCACAACGCUGUGGCUGUCCAUAUGAACAAGGCCAGCCCCCCAUACCCACUCAUCCCAAAUGCCCAAGAGGUAACGCAUGAGGUGCAGCAUGUACUAAAGUCAAGUCAUCACAAAGAAGGCCAAGAACUGAAUGAUUUGUUAAAUGCUCCACAUAUACAGGCCCUUCUGUUGGCACAUGACAAGGUGGCAGAGCAGGAGAUGAUGCCGGAGUCUGUUUCAGAAGAGAAGUUCUAUGAAAACAUUGGACAGUAUGGAGAUGAGAUGGUUAAAAUUGUAAGAAUAGAGAAAGCAAGAGAUAUACCGCUGGGCGCUACAGUGCGAAACGAGCUGGACUCCGUCAUUAUCAGCCGUAUAGUGAAAGGCGGUGCGGCAGAAAAGAGUGGGCUGCUUCACGAAGGCGACGAAAUCUUGGAAAUAAACGGACUAGAGAUUCGAGGGAAGGACGUCAAUGAUGUCUUCGAGCUACUAGCUGAAAUGCAUGGAACUCUGUCUUUUGUGCUUAUUCCGAGUCAGCAGGCCAGACCUCCACCAACAAGGGAGACAGUGGUCCACGUGAAAGCACACUUUGAUUAUGACCCUACAGACGACCCAUAUGUCCCAUGCCGAGAGCUGGGCCUUUCCUUCCAGAAGGGAGACAUUCUCCAUAUCAUCAGCCAAGAUGACCCCAACUGGUGGCAAGCCUACCGGGACGGAGAUGAAGAUAAUCAGCCUCUUGCAGGACUUGUACCCGGCAAAAGUUUUCAGCAGCAGCGGGAGGCCAUGAAGCAGACAAUAGAAGAGGAUAAGGAGCCUGAAAAAUCAGGAAAAUUGUGGUGUGCGAAGAAAAACAAGAAGAAGAGGAAAAAAGUUUUAUACAACGCUAACAAAAAUGAUGAUUACGACAACGAAGAAAUCUUAACAUAUGAAGAAAUGUCCCUCUACCACCAGCCAGCCAACCGAAAGCGGCCCAUAGUUCUUAUAGGGCCACAGAACUGCGGGCAAACUGAGCUGCGCCUGCGGUUGAUGAACAGCGAGGCUGACAGAUUUGCCGCUGCUGUACCCCAUACUACGCGAAAUAGGCGAGAUAACGAAGUAGCAGGGAGAGAUUAUCACUUUGUGUCAAGACAAACGUUUGAAGCAGAUCUGGCUGCCGGCAAGUUCAUCGAGUAUGGGGAGCAUGAGAAGAACAUGUAUGGCACCAGUGUUGACUCAGUGCGACAAGUCAUUAAUUCUGGCAAGAUUUGCCUUUUAAGUCUUCAUACACAGGUCCUGAAAAUGUUGCGCAAUUCAGAUUUAAAACCAUACAUUAUAUUCAUUGCUCCACCGUCCCAGGAGAGGUUGCGUGCGUUACUAGCAAAAGAAGGUAGAAAUCCAAAGCCAGAGGAACUGAGAGAGAUCAUCGAGAAAGCAAGGGAGAUGGAGCAAAACAACGGGCACUACUUUGACACAGCCAUUGUGAAUACCGACCUAGACAAGGCCUUUCAGGAACUCCUUCGGCUAAUCAAUAAACUGGACACAGAACCUCAGUGGGUUCCCUCCUCUUGGUUACGGUGAAGACAAAGUGGAUAGUGACAAAUCCAGGGAGGUUACAAUGCACAUCCUGAAUAUUCACGUGCUGGAGAGCCACUUUCGUUCUUUAAUGAUUUAAUCUAGAAGAAGGCUUUUAAACAUCACAUGGAGGAUACCUUGCCCAGUGUUGGACCGCCAAGUUAGGCUUAGUUCUGUUUAAGGAGCUGCAAUACAAAUACCCAUCAAACCGUAUAAAACUACAAUCUCUAAAUUGUGAUUAUAGUGAUCAUCAGAUUUUGAUGUUGUGUGAAACAGAUGUUAGCACUCUGAGAGGUGAUCAGUGGGGCCUCAGCCACGGUGCAUGGUGUCAGUUAUUUAAGUUUCCUGUUGAGAUUGUUGACUACUACAAAGAUUGGCCGAUAGCCCUUUGGGAACUGAAAAAUGUAUUAGCUGUUUACAGAAUCCCAAUAAUCUAUCUAUACUAGAGCUGAAUCUGGCAUUAGUACAUGAUGGGCACACUACAAAGUAUUUCAAAGUGUCAUCUAGCAAUUCCAUUAUAAAUGUUGGGAGAAAAAAAAUGAUUUUCACUGAAAUGGGCUGCCAUUACGUCGAUAACAGACUAGGGUCCCAUACUCCAUGACUUCAGUUGAGCAGCUAAUCAGUUUUAGUGUAUACCAAGCACAAUCUCUGUUCGGCUCCAUCAGCCGGCGGUGGGUAAUUGGGUAAGUAGUGUACGGCUGUGUUGCUGCACUUGCCAUUUGUGGGAAGAAAUUUUUUUUUCCCAGAGACUAAAUCACUGGCGAUUUUCUCAUAAGUAACUGGAUGUACAUAUACGAUAAUAGAUUGUGUUUUAGCAAUGUGCUUUAGAAAUCCAUAUGGUCUGUCACAAGCUGGAGUGUACAAAUUCUGACACUAUUUUUUAAACAAGAGCAAAGUUAGUUUUUGAUCUGGGACUGUAAGACAUUCCACUCUAUAAUAGCACUUGAUGCCAGCGGUCUGUCUUGUUAUAAAAAUUGUGAAGAAUGUCAACUUUUUUUUUUUUUUAUGUAUAAAUAAACUUGAGUAAUGCAGUUGCAUAGGUGAUUAGCUUAAGUACAGAAUUCUUUCAUUUAAAAAGCUCAGUCGUUCUGAACCACGGCUACAGUCAAAAGAAAAAAAUGUCUGAUUAUUCUCCCUAAAGAAUGCAUGGCUUUUGUGUAUUACUGGUGAGAAGCCUCCGGAGCAGCUGUAAAUAUGAUCUUUAUAUUAGUCUAUGCCAUUCUAGUGCAGUACUCCCAAUAUACCACUGGGGGUAACAUUGCAUUAUGAGUCACUUGUAUGAGGUGAGCCUCAUACAAGGUGUGUGUGGCAAUCCAAUAUAGAAUUGUUUUCUGUCACGUGACACACGGGCCUGCUCCAGACAAAUGGGCUCCCAAAAUUCAGUGUAUGUAUUUUAUAUUGCCUUUAGCAACAUGUAGCUUAGAACAAUUCUCCCAUAUCUAAGUUUUUUUUGUAUUCUUGGCUUUUUUUUAUUUAUUGUUUUAAUAUAGUAAGAAAGCAAAUAGAUAUUUUUGCAUUUUCCGAUUAAUUCAAACGUGAACCUUCCAUACAGCCGUUCUGCUAGGUUAGGUGUGCUACGUGCUCAGACUGUUUAAGCAUUAGACCAGAGGUUCUCAAACUCGGUCCUCGGGGGCACACACAGUGCAUGUUUUGCAGGUCUCCUCACAGAAUCGCAAGUGAAAUAAUUAGCUCCACCUGUGGACCUUUUAAAAUGUGUCAGUGAGUAAUUAAUACACCUGUGCACCUGCUGGGUUACCUGCAAAACAUGCACUGUGUGUGCCCCCGAGGACCGAGUUUGAGAACCUCUGCAUUAGACCUUGUAUACCAAUCAGUUUGUUUACUUAAAAAAAAAAGAAAAGUACUUUGACAUAUCAACUGAUGUGUUGUAUGUUGGCAGGAAUGAGACAAAAUAAAUUAAUUUAAACCUUUAGUGAACGGGUAACAUCGGUAGGAGUAUGUACUCCCUGGUAGUUUAAUGUCUGCUAUGGCACAUUGCCCUCUGUAGUAAUUAAGAGCAAGUGAUUGCAAUUUGAGCAUUUGUUAAAAAGGAGAACAAUAGAUUGCUGGUACAGAUAUUCAUGGCUGAAGGAACCAGGAGUCCUACCACUGCUUAUAGUCUAUCCAGUGUUUUAGUAGCGUCAUAAGUGUUGUAAUAGUUACUGACGGAGGGCCUGAUUCAGUGGUGGGUGCUGUGAUUUGAUCAAUUUGUCUGAACAACCGUUUUGAUAAAUUUUCCAGUGUUUGGGAGCAAAUGGUCAAUUGUCAUUUUCUCUCAUCCAUUACCAGAUUUUUAUUCCAACCAGCCAGAUCUGGCAGAUUAUCUGCCAGAUAAUUGUAUAGUGUAUGGCCAGCCUAAAAGACAUAUUUAACGCCUCCGCUUUUGGAUGCAGUUAAGUUACUGGUGGCGAAAUACCGACGUCUGAAUCCUGGCAGCAGUCAAAAUGCCGGCGGUCUAAAAGCCGCCUGGUAUUCCCACUAGGGUGGCGGUCCACGCCACCACCCGAGGGGGAAUAUAAUAGUGUGGCAAGCGAAUCUCGCCACCAAGCCCGAAGCGUGCCCGCGAGGGCACAUGCUGCGCUCAUUGUCAGUAUUUUGACUGUCUGGAUUCCGGCGUCGCUAUAUCGACCACCGAGAUUCCGACUGCCUGGAAAUCAUACUGAAUCCCUCUCACCACCCCCAAAUGUCUGCAGCCUGUCAGUCAACCUAGGUCUAAAGCAGUGGUUCCCAAACUCUGUCCUCGGGUACCCCCAACAGUUCAUGUUUCCAGGUCAUCCAGAGGUGCACAGGUGUAAUCAUCAAUCACUGACUCAUUUUAAAAGAUUCACAGGUGGGACUAAUUAUUUCACUUGUGAUUCUGUGAGGAGUCUUUGAAAAUUUGAACUUUUGGGGGGAUAUUCAAUUGUUUGAAAAGUCAGUUGGGUGUCUGUUUUUUUUCCUAUCUAAUAGACAGGAAAAAACAGACACCCAACUGACUUUUCAAACAUUUGAAUUCCCCCUUUGGUGUCCUGGAGGACUUGAGUUUGGCAACCACACUGGUCUAGAUCCUCGGCAAUGUGGCUGGACCAAUAUGCAAUAUGAAGCACUUACCAUUGUGUAUUAAUGCCUACUUCCCUAUUGACUGUAAGCAUGUGAGCAGGGCCCUCUUACCUUUCUGUCUGUUGUUACCCAGUCUUGUUUUUUUUACGGUUUUUAAUUGUAAAGUGCAACAUAAUAUGCUGGUGCAAUGUAAGUAACUGUUAAUGAUAAUAGAACCACACUGCAACCGACAUCGCAAGACCAUUGAGCUGAACAGAAAACAUUGUUAAUUUCCAACUGAAUCAGAACAACAUCCACCUCUGAUUCACCCCAAAGUGAUUGUUUAUCACUAUUAUGACAAGUUCUGUAUGCAGCACCCAGCAGUAGUGCCAAUUAUUUUGGUUUCCAGUCAGGAUCCAGUGAGAGAACUAUUCACAUAUUCGGUUGCAGCUAAAUGAGUAUAACUGUGACCUAUCAGGGCAUUCACACUAGGUUGGCUGCUGUUCAUGUAGUCAGAAUUGUGUCAUAAGUGCACGCAAAGUUCCAGCAAUUUCAGAGGCAUCUGCAGCCAGGAUUGGGCAGGUGUGAACCUGAUGGUGAUGACAACUGGAUGUAUUGGAGCGGUGCACCCAGCGUAGAUGCAGCCCAUACUGAAUAUGGGCAAACAAUCUGCGUCGCACAAUGCGGCUGGAGAUGUGGCUAGCUCUAAAUCAGGUGCUAUGCAUUCAGUUGCUGUUUAGCUUCAAGCAAAUUGUUUUCACCACUUCUUACCUAGUACCAGCUUAUAUUAUUUGAGUGCAUUGAUUUGAGUGCCUCGUUCAAUUGUGGGAUGACCCCAUGACUUCUGCCAGUACUAUCAGCAAGUGUGCUGGACAUGCUGACGUCUAAUGUGACCUUACCAGGUCCUUCCUUAUUAAAGAGAGAAGAAUGAUAAAUGUGAUGCUGUAAGAUAAACUUCUGGGGCACUACUGAGAGCCAUCUCUGUAAUGAUGUGCACACUCUGGGCCUGAUAUAGAGAUGUACACAGCAACUGUGUGAAAAUAUCUAAAUGCUGCACCUGCCUGGCUUUAAGUUGAUACGCCCUCAGGCAGCUUUGUAAGUCCGAGCAGCUGCAUACAAAGAUACAGCAUUGGACUCAGAUCAGUCGAUGUAUUGAAGUUCUGAGUAGCCAUAUGCUAACACAGCUUCUAAUCACGUGGAGUCAUUACAUAAAUGUUACUAUGUAGUCAUUCCUACUACUAUAAUGAGCUGCAAUAACAGAUGAGUUCACCCACUUCCAGGCUACUCGGUCUGGCUUAUUCUGUCCCCAUAAUUCCCUCCUCUCCCCUGAAAACCCUCCUGUAGUAAUGAAUGAUACAGCAGCUUGCUCACAUGGCAGCAUAGGAAUAUUAUAUAAGGUAAUUUGGGCUGGACGGCUAUGAAACGUGUGAAAUAAUUAUAUGGAUAGGCUAAUUGGAGAGAGUCCCAUUCCUUUAAGGGUGACCACACACACCAGGCUCAUUUCAGGCCUAACUGGACUUCAGCAUAUGUGGAGACAAAUUGAAUCACCCUACGUGUGAUUUAUUGGCAUGUACGUGGGCUAAAUUCUAAGCAUGAACAGACGGAUGGGCAGAAGACUCAAUGUACUUACAGCAGAGAUAUUCCGAAGAUUAGAGUGCCCGUAGUGUUUAAACUAGAAGUUUAAAAGUUUCAAUCAAGUAUGGAAGUUUCUUUUAAAAAGUGCCAGAAACCGUAUACAAUAAAGUGUUUUCAGGAAGGGAUUCCAAGUCCUCUUUGAGAUGCAGUAGUGGGACACACUGUCCUAUACAAAACCAACCCCCUAAGGCAAGCUACCCAAUAUUCUCUCUGUCAGACAUCAGAGCAAAAGCUAGCUUGAAUACUUCUCUUGACUUUUUAACCCCUUAACUGACAUUUUUCCCCAAAAAAAGCAGUCAGAAAUUGUCAUUCAUUUUUUUAUUUAAUAGGUGAAAAUAGAUUUUAAAUAUAUUUAAGUAUUUUAUCAAAAUACAUAUUUUGGGGGUAUUCUGCACCCCACCCCUGUGUCCAUAGGCCCUUAUUGUAAAAAUACUUCCCUCUCCAAAUAGAAAUACACCUCCCACCCCCGUGGCAAAAUAAUCCCCAACAAUACCACCCCCUACUGGUAAUAGAUUCCUGGGGCACAGCCCACUCCCCAGCUAUACAGCAGACAAUCGACGGCACUCCAAGGCUAAUAAGUUAAUUUCAUACAUAGCAGUGCAAGAAAUUCAUUUAUUAACCUUGGAGGGCCUCCGAUUUUGUUUGCUACACAUGACUAUUGGAAGUGGUCAAGGACGGGCACCGGGCGCAGCUAUCUGAGUAGUGGAGUGCUGGCCAAGAGGCAACAAACUAUAUAUAACCAAACAAACUGUGGGCGUCAUAACCCCACAAACACACACCCCCAUCGCCAAGAAAUGCUCCCCCUCACCUUUUUGCAGAGCGCAACGGGGGUCUGAUCAUCAGAGAUCAGCAUCGAUGUUCUGAGGAAGGGAGUGUUCCCCUCCAAACACAGUUAGUUCCGGCACAUGCGCCCCUUAAUGCAGCUCACAAGGCAUUCUGGGGCAUGAUUUUGGGAGUGAUUUUGGCGGUCGGAGGCCGCUGCAACACUUCUGGCGGGGGAGGAGGGUGCUGCAGCAGGAGGAAGUCCAAACAGAGGGGAACACCGCCGGGCAGCACAGUAACAGACUCUUGGCAGCAGUCGUAUCACAUAUGCCUAUGCCAGGCAAGUGGUUAAAAGAGGAGACUCAAAUGCUUGAUAUCAGUCAUACAGUAAAUUGUAGUUUCUUCCUAUUAAGUUGUAUCUUCUUAUGCUUUUCUUCCCUAUUUUUUAGCAAUUGUUUCUAGACCCCAAUCCCAGUAUUCGUAACAGAUGCUUUUCCUCAAUGGUAUGACCUGAAAAUAUUAUUAACAAUUAUUUAUAUUGUGCCAGCAUACUAUAUAGGGCUUUUACAGUUUUGGGGGAAAUGCAGUAAUAAAAUGAGACUGAAUACUACAGAAAUUCAAAGGAUGCAGUCUGUAACUUCUUUCCACCUCUGGUUAUUUCUGGUGAAUUAUGCGACUUUACUUAACGGAACCCGCAUUAAUCUGCUGUUGCUUGUGGUCCAUAUGCAGCUAUACAGUUUUCAUGAAAUAUUCAAGGUGCAUUGUCAGUUGGUGUUUACUGCCUGUUUCAGUGCAUCACAAAGAAUGCACCAAAACACAUAGAUGUCUAUGUACCAUUAAAUUAUAAAGAUACAUAAAUGUGUACACCUAUCCGUAAUGGCGCCAUGCGUCUUUUUAACUUAGUAAUUUACACAGUUUGCAUCUCUUUCGCACUGCUAAUGUGCUAAUGGCAGAAAGUACAAUUACUCUGGAUCAUAUAUGUGCUAUACCAAUGUGACCAUGACGCUAAUCUAGUGUUCAUUCUAGCACCCUGCACCUUUCAAAAUCCGUGCAGUUGCUCUUUCCUGCCUGGGGUGUCGCUCUUUGCUGUGGUGCUUCUCAGCACACUCUGAUCUGUUACUCAGUGCUGUGAUACAGACCUGUGUGUGCUGAGACGCACCAGAGAGCGACACCCCAGGCAGAAAAGAGGAACUGCACAGGAUUUGAAAGGUGCAGGGUGCUAGAAUGAACACUAUAAUUUAUAAAAAGAGACUGGUGAUAGAUAUGCUUGAGUUACAUCAUGAGUCCCACUGAGCAACAUUGUACUAAUAUACACUGCCACGAUUGCCAGAAAAGUGCAAAUACUAGGUCCCAAGUACACUAUGAAAGAUGUUAUAAUGCUAAAGUAUGAAAGUCACUAUACAUCGCGCAGUGUCUAAUGGAUGGAGAUAAAGUACCAGCCAAUCAGCUCCUAACUAUCAUUUUUCAAACCCAACCUGUGACAUGGUAGUUAGACACUGAUUGGAGGGGGAUAAAGUACCAGCCACUUUAUGUCCAUCCAAGGCUUAGUAAAUAGACCCCUAAGUCAAUUGGUGACUAUAGUGCUUGUGAAAGGCUUGCUGGGUAACUUCAAAAAGAAAAGAAAAAACUGAAAACACUGGAUAUCAUGUAUUGUUUCCUGCUAAAUCGAAGCCUUUGUAAUAAAGGCCUGGGGUUGUAUAUAUUUUAUAUAUUGUACAGUAUUAACAUAACCAAAUUGGUCAUUUUAGCUGAAUGUGUCUCCUACUGUAACAGUGCCUAAGAGACAUUUUGGCUUGUUAUGAAGCUCAUGGCAUCUUCUUCCUCCAGCUUUCAGGACGCUUCAGGCUCCAUUUAGAAUGUGAAACAAAUGUGUAUUAUGCUCUUCUAAUAUAGUGCACUCACUGUAUACAGUGCUGGAUACAUUGUAUUGUAGCCAGAGUAAAGUUAAUUGCACACUGGCCAAUACAGUGAAUCAGUUAGACAUAUCACUUGCUGUAUUACCCAUAUCAGAAUAAUUUGGUGCUCAGGUAGUUUCAGUGCCGAGCAGACGGCAUCAUAUCACAGCAAAACAAGGACACUUACAGAUGCAGCCGUACUGACUAAUAUCUACAGGCAGUUUCCCCGUCUUGUGAUGAUCAGGAUCAUCUGUGUUACUGAAACCAUAUGUUCUGUAUUUGCAAAAAUCCCAUUGGGUAUGGGCACCGUAAAACUGUAAGGCUAAGACUACACUUGCUAUAGUAUCGUUGAAUUCAUGGUGCUGCUAAGCAAUCGGUUGGCACUGACAACCCUCUCUAGGAUCUGCUACACUUCUGCCUUCCCAAAUAAGGAGUAUUGCAGUCAAAACCCAAGGAAGCUGGAUAAAGGUAUAGGGGUAUAUUCAAUUAGGGUCGGAUCCAUUCUGACAUGCAUUUGCUGGAAUGGAUCCGACAACCCCUAUUCAAUCUCAUCUCAAUUCGACUUUUAAAAAGUCGAAUUGAGAUGAGGGACCCAGAGCAGGAGGAGAGCCGCGGGGACAGCCGCGGGCAGACGGAGACGGAGGAGAGCAGCGUUACAGUAGCGCUGCAGAAGGACGUCUCACAGCCGCCCGACCUCACAGCAGUGUCCACCCGGCUCCAGCAUGCGUGACCUCACUUGCUGGAGCCGGGUGGACGCUGCUGUGAGACAUCCUGCUGCAGCGCUGUUCUGUAGCGCUGCUCUCUCCUGUAUGCCCUGCGGCUGUCCCCCCGUCUCCCCGCGGUUCCCCCCGCCCCACCUCCUCUGGGUCCCACAUCUCAGUACGACAUUUUUUUAUGUCUGACUGAGAUGGUCGGAAACGGGGCCAAAUCCUGUCGAAUUUGGCCCCGUCUCACUCAAAAGUACGUGAAUCGGCAGCUAUACCGCCGAUUCACGUACUAUUCGACAAGUCGAAUUCCACGACUUGUCAAAUAAAAACUGAUGGGACUGAAUAGGUCGAAUCACUAUUCGACCUUAAAAAGUCGAAAACUGCCGUCUUUUAGACAGACGGCAGUUUUCAACCCUAAUUGAAUAUACCCCUUAGUAGGUAAAGUGUAGGUAGAUUGGGGAAAGAGUGCUAGUCUAAUGGGGAUCAUACAUCAGUGGCAUAUUGGGGUAAUUCCCAGUUCUCCUGAUGCCAGUGUCAGAGGAUCAGGGAAAUUCAAAUGUGUUGGAAGUCCUCAAUUUGCCUAUUCUGACCAAAAAAUUAUUUAGGAUUAGCAAGUCUGGGACUUUUAAAAAUUUUUUUCUUUUUGUUGUUGAUUCUUCAACAGAUCACUGGUCUGUGUUUUUGAUCACUGAUCAGCAUUGUCAGAACUGGGAAUUGUCCUGUAGAUGUAUGGGCUCCAUAACCUAACCUACUUCAGUUAAGGCUCGUUAUUGGUAACGUCACACAUAUUACAGUUUAGCCCUUAAAGAGGAAGUAUCGAUGUUGGCAUUCUUUGUCUUCACUGGUCAUUCUUCAGUGAUGAUGCAAUAAUUAUUUAGAGUAUGCAUUCAUAAGGCAGAAACUUGACAAGUUCAUGGUGCAGAAAACACUGAGAAAAUACAUAGUUUAAAGCGCAACAGACUAUGCUGGCGCUAUAUAAGUAACUGAUAAUAAUUCUAUAUAAAAGAAAUGAAAUCUGUGAUAUUGACAAAUAGGAGUUUUAUGUAAACCUUUUGCCAUUUGUGAAUUCUGAUGCUUAUCUAUUGAGUGCUACUGUACAUUUGCACUGGUAACAAAGGAGGUUGAGUGUUAAUGGAACUGCUUUGCUUUGGACAUUUUUAUAUAGAGGUUGAUAGGUAAAAAUGUAUAUAGUAAAUUGACUUGGCUUAAGGGAAACUGAACAGGCUUUUAACAAAUGCUGCAUUAUUUCAUCACUCGCGUUCGGGGCGCUGGAGAUCCGCACUGUUGGCCCUUCUUUUUAUUUAGCUGGACACGGUGGGCAGAAAUGUUUGGGAAAGUUAUUAAAGAGGCUGCUUGCUACAGUUUCAGUUGAAUUAAAGCUGUCUUUAUGAUGGUACAGAUGGGUCCACAGUUAUCUUGGCUAGUUUGCUGCACCUAGGCGCAACAUGGUUUAUUAACAUAAACCCUUCAUCUAUUGUUCUCAGUUGCAAUACAAUACAGAGAACAGUACAGCAGGGGAUUGAGUCAAUACAGCAGGGGGGGAUUAAGUCCGACUGCCCAGUCUCAGUUAAUCCUAUUAAAGGUCAAGAUAAACGGGUUCACU